CAUGUCAAAUUGUCUAAGUCUAAAAUAUAUAUGAGCUGUGUUUGGAAAUGUUUAUUUACGUUUUCCAAAUUAGGUAAAUCCAAAAAUCAUUUGUCGGGAAGAAAAAUAAUUAAUUUAGAAAGUUGUAUUGUUAAUAAUAGUGCAUACUGGAAUUAUUAAAAUGGCUAACAACAUUUCGGACAUUGAUGCUAUCAUAUUAGCUGAAAAAGAUACUUGGGCUACAGUAAUUGAUAGCUUUGUAAAAAAGUCACUACAAGUAUUCAGUUUUCCUGAGUUGGCCAAUGACGAAAAAAGGAAAAAUGUAUGGACUGUUGUAUACAAUAUUGCCAAAGAUUCUGAUGAUCCAAUUGUUACAAAAAAUUGUUUUAUAGCAGUGAGAAUCUUAAGCCGUGAAAAGGAACAUCUGAGUGAAGUUAUUAGUGAUGAUUGGAUCAAUUUAAUCAAACACCAUUCCGGAUUGGACAAUGAACACUUUGAAUACAAUGAUAACAAAUCUUUAAUUUGUGUAGAGGUGUUGAAGAGUCUGUCAAAUAUAUUGUUUAAUUCUAAGAAAAUUGCUGAGAAGUCUUUAGAAAAUGGAAUAUUGGAGGGAUUGACCAAGAGAAUAAAACAUAAGAACAAAAAAAUAUCAGACGAUAUCAGAUUUAUGGAUAUACGGCUGGUAUUUUUAAUUACGGCCUUGUGCCCAGAAGCUAGAAACAAAGUUUUUGACAUGAUUGACACAUUUAAUAAUGUUUUGGAAGAAGUUUUACAGGAAGCAGCUAAAAACCACCUGAAACAUGAAGAUCUACCACCAAUUUACUUAACUCCUGCUCAAGCUGAAAUGGUGUCAGAAAUACUAAAAGCACUUUUCAACUUAACCAUAAGAAUAGAAGAAUCUGACGUAGAAACAAUGGCAACUUGUAUAGAACUUGUCAAGGUUCUCCGCAGCUAUCUUUUGAUAUCCUCAUCAGAUUUAGAAAAAACAUGGAUUUUGCGUAAUGAUGUCAUCAAUCUGUUGACGAAUAUGCCCGAAGAAACUUAUUCUGAGUUGCUGCCUCCAGUCUCAGAGUCCCACCAAAUUAUAAAAUCGUUGGAGUUUGAAGGAAAGAACAUGACCGCUAUUUACGAAAUGACAAUGUUCUUGAAGGCCAAGUUUAAUGAUCAACCUGAUAUCUAUAACCAACAUGAAAUCCUGUCUCCUAUAGUGACAGUUCUUCUAAAAGGAGCAACCACUCACAGGCCUAUCAGAAAGUUUUUAAGGAAUCAAAUUUUACCACCCCUAAAAGAUGUUCACACCAGACCUGAAGAAGGCAAUACAUUGAGGAACCAUCUGUGCAGGUUACUUACCACUCCUGUCACUCAAUUGCGAGAUUUGGUUGCCGAUUUACUGUUUGUUUUGUGCAAAAACAAUGUGGCCCGUAUGAUAAAAUACACAGGAUAUGGCAACGCGGCAGGUCUUUUUGCUACCAAAGGUGUCUUAGCAGGUGGACGUUACAAAGGUGAAGAUGAUUAUGAUUCUGAAAGUGAGGACAGUGAUACUGACGAAUAUAACUUACAUAAACAUGGAAUAAAUCCAGUUAUUGGUUGCUAUGAAGAGCCUCAUCCUAGUGCUUCAGAACAAAUGACAGAGGAACAGAAAGAAUAUGAAGCCAUGAAGUUAGUGGUACUUCUGGAUAGUCUAAUGAAAUGUGGAUCAAUAAAUCCUUGUGUAGUAGGCAAAGACGGCAAGCCUGAACCAAUAACGCAUGUUCUACAGUUGCAAGAAGGACUCAAGGAAGGAAUGGUUAAAUUUUUAAACGAAGACAGCGAUUAGAAAAUAAUAAUUUUAAGUUAUAUAUAAUGAAAAGUCUGUAGGAGCAUUUACGACAGAUACUUAUCGUUUUUAUGUAUAAAUUAAUUGGGUAUUUUGUUUUUAAGUGUUGUCUAUUACAUACGUCAAUUCAUUAAUCUUCUGGAUAAAAAUAACAUUUUUUUAUUGCUAUGCAGCACACAAAUUUAAAUGCUGUUAAAAAUAAAUAAAAUUAUGACAGAAAAAUUGAGAAUAACUUCAAUAUAAAUCAUAAUAUAUAUUUGACAGUUACGUCAAAGGCGUCAUAUUGUGCGUGACUAACAAUUACCUGUUAAUUUUUUCGUUAUUUAGCUUAACGUCUCGACAACUAAUGGUCAUUGGCAUGAUCCAGUUGAUUUUGCAGUCAGAUACCUAUUGUAGCGUGUGUGUUGAGUAAAUGUCUUAUUACUUUUAGAAGUCGACUUCAUUGUCUUUACAAAGAGACGCUAAUUGUAUCCGAACGUCUCCGGGAGUACUGAUCCCACAAGGAUAGAAACUAUCUUCACUUAUUAAUUUUUAAUAAAUUAAAAAUUUCCUACCCUUAAUGAGAUUCGAACUCACGACCCCUGAAUCCAAAGGUAGGCUCUCUUACCACUGAGCCACAGAAGGGGUUACCUGUGAAAUUGAGUUUAAAAGGAAAUAAAAUAAAGAGGGUAAUCAUGGACGUUAUAAUAUUGCUUGCGUAUGUUCUUUGUGUUAAUUUUGUCCAGAAGUGUAUAGAUUUUAAUUCAUUUAAUUCAUGUAUAGAUUUUAUUCUGCAAAAGUUUACAUUAGCAGGGAUCAACUUCUUAAAAAAAACCCGGAUAUUUGCGCACUAAAGAAAAUAUUGCGCACAUGUACAAUGGUGCCACAUAUACAAUUGUUUUUUGCGGAGGAAAUAUUUAUGUGUAAUUUAAAUUUUAAAAGUAGAGUACAUGUGAAUUAUUACUAAUCUUUAUAGGUAGGUAUAAUUAGGCGACAUCAAGAAAGAAAAAAGAAUGUGUUUGUACUUUGUACGCACGUAAGAAGUUAUACUUCUAUUAUAUGAUUUCUUAAAAAUAAAUAUACUUUAAACAGUU